AUUAAAACUGAUCAACUAGUGUAACAGUGGAAACUGAAACAUACUGGUAGAUUGGUGGAAAACUGAAUUGUUUGUCGCGUACCUCAGGAGGGUGGGACGAGAGAGACAAUCCGAAUUUGAGAAUGACUACCCUAAAAAGGAAAAAGCUUCACCUUCACGGUAUUCUGGUGAACUUGUGGUGAAUGAAGUAGCUACGGUGCAAAAGUGUCUUUCUUUCUCACUUUUUCUCUUCUUUUCCCUCUUAAUUUAGAUUUCUCCGUUUUUGUUGGAGACGACUCGACUCGGAGAUGCGUCCUGAUCCAAACUUUACUUUAUCCACCCUUUAAAAUAAUUCCCCUGCCAUGACUAUUUCACUCAAUUCUCAAUUCGUACUGAAGGAGAAGCGAACCCAUUUUUGUUUGGGCUCUCUGAUAUGACCGCUUCUGCUGCUCCAAUUUCGGUUUCAGGUGACCCCUUCGUUUCCAUCUCCAAGCCCCUUGCUUUACCCUUACCCUUCAAUUCUUCCUGCAUUGUGCUUCAUGGAGCUACAUUGAGGGCUUCAAGGAUCUUUAGGUUUAAGCUGGAAAUAAGGAAAACCGAGCUCACCCAUUUGAGAUUGUUGAAGGGUUUGAGGAGCAACAAAACUUCAGAUUUGAAGGCCUCCAUGGGUCCUCCUGGAUUUAACCAGCAACAGGAAAACAAGAAUCCAGAAACUAUGACAGAAGCAGAAAAGGGGCUUGAUCUAUUUAAUGAUCUGAAGGACAGGUUCUUAAGUUUUAAAAAGAAUAAAUACAUGGGAAACUUAGAACAUUUCCAAAAUCUUGCCCAGGCUCAAUUUCCAAAGUUCAUGGUCAUUGCUUGUGCAGACUCUAGGGUUUGCCCAUCAUAUAUUCUGGGAUUUCAACCAGGUGAAGCUUUCAUGAUUCGGAAUGUUGCUAAUUUGGUAACUUCAUUCGAGAAUGGACCAUCGGAGACAAAUGCUGCUCUAGAAUUUGCUGUGACCACACUGAAAGUGGAGAACAUCUUAGUCAUUGGUCACAGCUGCUGCGGGGGAAUUCGUGCUCUUAUGGGUAUGCAAGACGAUGCAAAUGGAAGCCUCUUAGAAAGCUGGGUUGUUGCUGGAAAAAAUGCUAGAAUAAAAACUGAGACUGCUGCUUCUGGCCUUGACUUUGAUCAGCGGUGCAGGCAUUGUGAGAAGGAAUCACUCAACCAUUCCUUAUUGAACCUACUUACUUAUCCAUGGAUAGAAGAAAGGGUGUCCAAUGGAGAACUGCUCAUUCAUGGCGGUUAUUAUGAUUUUGUUGAAUGCUCAUUUGAGAAAUGGACUGUGGAUUACAUGAAAAUGAAAACAGAAGGAACUGAUGUGUUAGUAGUGAAAGACAGAGUGGUUUGGUGCUAAACUUUUGCUUUUGUUUUCCUUAGUAGUGGAUUUUAUUGCUCUGUUAAAAUAAAUACUUCCAAGUGAGGUAAUUGUAUAAUCUAUACAUUUACUUAUUAUUAUGUUGGGUUGAGUAGAGAGCAUGAAUAACCCUUAAAUAAAUUUGUCAGUAUUAAUAUUAUAGAAAGAAAAGAAUUAUGCAAAUUGCCU